AUGCGUUGUUACCAAUCUCUCCCCUUUCUGGCUUCGGUGUUUGUUGCCCCAGCUUUUGCUGGACCUGGCCAGAAUCUCAAAGCCAUAUGCAAAUCCACCGAGGGCGUAUACGGAUGCGAAGAGUACAUAAAGGUUCCAUUUGGCUCAGAGCCUAUCACAACAUGCUUCGACACAAGUCCCUGUGGUGUCCAGGUUCUGACCAAUAACCGGAACAUCUGUGACCUUGUUGAAGAGGCCUUACCAAGCGAUGCAAACUACAUCGGCGGGUACACUGCCUGGUGUCAUCGAGCACCAGAGGCCAUGGAUGUGAUCAAGUCUGACAAAUCUGUCUGGGUUGAUGGAAAGCUCAAAGAUGCCGGAUACAUCCCACUAGCCCGUGCGUUGGGCAUCGAAGAGGAGUUCGAAAAUCAAGGUCUCAAGUUCCAGAACAACAAGGCCUCUGUUAUAUCUAAUCAGCUCGCGAAUAAAGAUGGAUGGACUGUCCUCAAAGCAGCAGAGAUCACCACACCCAAAUACUUCGAGUUGGUCGAGCGUGUCAAUGAGUACCAAAACUGCAACUCGGCUGAUUGCUGGGACACCUCGCUACAAAAGGUGCUGGACUGGUUCAUGGAAUGGAUCCCUCGUAGCACCGAGAUCAGAACCGGCAAGCUUUCGACCAUGCUCAAGGACUGGGAAAAGACCUUUGCGACACCGUACAAGAACAGGAUCUCUGCCAUCAAGAAUGGCGCGACCACCGUACAGACACGCGUCAAGACCGUUUCUACCAAGGUUGAUGCGAUCAAGAAAAGCAUUUGCGCAAAGAACGCAUGCACAGGCAAGACUGCUUCGACAUAUCUCAAGAAUGUUGCAACUACUCUGCAAGCUAUAAAAGAUCUUUCCAACAUCGCUGCUGGUGCAGACAAGGCCGAUCAGCAGCGAAAGGACGUUUAUUACAACUAUCUCAAUAAUAUUCAGUCCCCUCUCAACACUCCGCCACAGCACCUCGUCCCAAACAAUUUUGGUGAGCUUCUUGAUGAUGGCAAGUUCAACACUCUGCGCGGCAUCAUGAAUGGUUUCGGCUUCAUCACCUCUGAGCUGAGCAUGUAUGCCAACGACAUCAGGAGAACUUUGACACAUCUUAUCCUCCUUACCAAGCACGAGGGCAGAUCUCGCGAGGCGCUGAAGAAGGUCAACAACCAGCUUGCUCCAAACUGGAAAACCAACAAGGAACUCGCCAAGACUGCUUCGUCUCGAAAAGUCCGCGACGGCUUCGUUCAGAUCCAGGCUCUCCUGAAGAAGGAGCUUCAAGGUUCAUUGACCACGCUUAUCAACGCCAUCGAUGCCUUCGACAAUGACUUCGUCAAGUUUCCUCUCAGACGCAACAAGAUGGAGGUUGCUUGGGGUGCUGCUCCAUUUGACCGCUGGACCAACCUUCAAUUCAAGUACCCAUGCAGAAAGGAAGUCACCGAGACUUUUACCGAAGCGGGCUUUUCGGAGGAUUUUACGUGGUCGAAGUUUAGUCCUUGUACUUUCACCGCUCAGAGGCUCGAUCUACCCAAAGGCUGGAUUCCUUAUAUCAAGUAUCGAUUUGUCGCAGCAUAA